CGACUUAAUGGUAGAUAUUGAUAUUUGUAAUUGUAUGAUACAUUUCGAAGCCUUUCAUUUGAAAAUGUUUUUUACAAUAUGGAAAACAACAUAAACAAAUUUGAUAUGAACUCUUAUCACUAGGAACGAGACGCCUAUGACAUUCCACGUUUGUGUCUUUUUCUCUUUUUGGACUCUAAAGGGAUCACAAGCUCUCAAAACACAGAAGCGACGAGCAACAUAUCAAGUGAGCUUCAAACAAGUGACACAAAGCUCACCUCUCUGCCACACUCCAAAACUCGAAAGAAAGCAAAGAGCAAUAAAGGAUGGAUCUUUUACAUGGCCUUCAAAAGCUUCACAAACUGACAAUGAUAUGCUUUCAACCAGAAAUGAAAAAUCUCUCCCUCUCUCUCUCUCUCUCUCUCCUCCACCUCAGCAUCAUCCCCAUUCCAAAUUUCCACCUCACCCUUGUAAAAGUAAGCAAGGGGAAAUCCAACUCGCCCAAUCAGAAUCCAGCAAACUCCAUCGCCAUAACCCCAGCAGAUAGAUUACACACUCUCCACUCUCUGCAAACUUUCCCCAAAAUCGAACCAGAACCUCAGAAACCAGUCCCUGUUUCCUCCAAUCAUAGGCCCCUCACUACCCAUUUCGCCACGUGUCCCUCCCUCCCACCACUAACCAUAUUAACCACCACCUCCCCUUCUGCUCCUUUCAGUAGCAGAGUUAUAAAGGCAUGACCUCUUUAACUUCUUCGAGCAAAGGAGAAGAAGAAGGGUUCUCAAAACUCUCUGGUGGGUUCAUUCACUGAACCAGAAAACAACACAUUAUAUACACUGAACCCACUUACAUUUUUCAUUCUCUUCAUCCUCCCUUCCACAGAGGAGUUUUUGUAUCUGGCUCUCUAUCUCUGUGCAACAACAACAAUGGCUUCCUUGCUAUCUUCUUCCUUCAUCACCCCACCAACAAAAUCAGACCAGCUUUCCCAAAAGCACUACUUUCUCCACUCCUUCCUCCCCAAGAAAACAAACCCAUCAUCAUCAAACAGCAAAUCCGCACUGAAAUUCAAGUGUUCCGCCAUAGGAAACGGCCUGUUCACGCAGACCACGCAAGAAGUCCGGCGAAUUGUCCCGGAGAAGAACUCCAACCUCCCCACGGUGAAAAUCGUCUACGUGGUGCUGGAAGCUCAGUACCAAUCCUCCCUGUCCGCCGCAGUGCAGUCCCUCAACAGGGACCCCAGCAAGUUCGCGUCUUUUGAGGUCGUUGGCUACUUGGUCGAGGAGCUGCGUGAUCCAGACAACUAUGAAGCCUUCUGCAAGGACCUCGAGGACGCCAACAUCUUCAUCGGGUCGCUGAUCUUCGUCGAGGAGCUCGCGCUGAAGGUGAAGGCCGCCGUGGAGAAGGAGAGGGAGAGAAUGGAUGCUGUGUUGGUCUUCCCUUCCAUGCCAGAGGUGAUGAGGCUGAACAAAUUGGGAUCCUUCAGCAUGUCACAGCUCGGCCAAUCGAAGAGCCCCUUCUUCCAGUUGUUCAAGAGGAAGAAGCAAGGCGCUGGAUUUGCUGACAGCAUGUUGAAACUGGUGAGAACUUUGCCGAAAGUGUUGAAGUAUCUGCCCAGUGACAAAGCUCAGGAUGCGAGGCUGUACAUAUUGAGUCUCCAAUUCUGGCUUGGAGGGUCUCCUGAUAACCUGCAGAACUUUGUGAAGAUGAUUUCCGGGUCAUACGUUCCGGCAUUGAAGGGAACGAAGGUCGAGUACUCCGAUCCGGUGUUGUUCCUCGACACUGGAAUCUGGCACCCGUUGGCUCCUUGUAUGUACGACGAUGUGAAGGAGUACUUGAACUGGUAUGAUACAAGGAGGGACACGAAUGAGAAGCUGAAGAGCGGGAAUGCUCCAAUAGUUGGGCUGGUUUUGCAGAGGAGUCACAUUGUGACAGGGGAUGAAGGUCACUAUGUGGCUGUGAUCAUGGAAAUGGAAGCCAGAGGUGCGAAAGUGAUACCGAUUUUCGCUGGGGGGCUGGACUUCUCAGGUCCUGUUGAGAAGUACUUCGUCGAUCCGGUCACCAAGAAGCCGAUGGUGAACUCAGUUGUGUCAUUGACAGGGUUCGCCCUCGUUGGUGGUCCAGCGAGGCAGGACCAUCCACGAGCUGUGGAGGCUCUGAUGAAGCUCGACGUGCCUUAUAUGGUCGCGGUGCCUCUCGUGUUUCAGACCACCGAGGAGUGGUUGAACAGUACUUUGGGGCUUCAUCCCAUUCAGGUGGCGUUGCAAGUUGCUCUUCCUGAGCUUGAUGGUGGCAUGGAGCCUAUCGUUUUCGCUGGCCGCGAUCCCAGAACAGAGAAAGUUUGGAAUCUGGGUUUAUCAGGGAAGUCUCAUGCUCUUCACAAGAGGGUGGAGCAAUUGUGCAUUCGGGCAAUCCGAUGGGGUGAACUCAAGAGGAAGUCAAAGGCUGAGAAGAAGUUGGCUAUAACCGUGUUCAGUUUCCCACCAGACAAAGGCAACGUAGGUACAGCAGCAUACCUCAACGUCUUCUCUUCAAUCUUUUCGGUGCUAAGCGACCUGAAGAAAGACGGCUACAACGUAGAGGGACUCCCCGAGACAUCGGAAGCCCUGAUCGAAGAAAUCCUGCACGACAAGGAGGCACAGUUCAGCAGCCCGAAUCUCAAUGUAGUGUACAAAAUGGGAGUACGAGAGUACCAGGAGCUCACUCCUUAUGCAACCGCACUAGAAGAGAACUGGGGCAAACCUCCAGGCAAUCUCAACUCCGACGGAGAGAAUUUGUUGGUCUAUGGCAAGCAAUAUGGGAAUGUCUUUAUUGGCGUCCAGCCCACAUUUGGUUACGAAGGUGAUCCCAUGAGGUUGCUCUUUUCCAAAUCCGCCAGUCCACACCAUGGCUUCGCUGCUUACUACUCGUUCGUCGAGAAGGUCUUCAAAGCUGAUGCGGUGCUCCACUUUGGUACCCAUGGCUCGCUUGAAUUCAUGCCAGGGAAGCAAGUGGGGAUGAGUGAUGCCUGUUUCCCAGACAGUCUCAUUGGCAACAUCCCCAAUAUAUACUACUAUGCAGCUAACAACCCAUCUGAAGCCACCAUAGCGAAACGUAGGAGCUAUGCUAACACCAUAAGCUACUUGACUCCUCCGGCUGAGAAUGCUGGCCUCUACAAGGGUCUCAAGCAAUUGGGCGAGCUCAUUUCCUCGUACCAAUCUUUGAAAGACACCGGGCGCGGCCCCCAGAUUGUGAGCACCAUCAUCAGCACGGCAAGGCAGUGCAAUCUCGACAAGGAUGUAGACCUGCCUGAUGAAGCAGCAGAGAUCUCAGCCAAUGAGAGGGACCUCGUGGUUGGCAAAGUGUACUCCAAGAUCAUGGAGAUCGAGUCCCGCCUCUUGCCAUGUGGGCUCCACGUCGUUGGUGAGCCACCAUCUGCAAUGGAAGCUGUUGCCACACUUGUCAACAUUGCUGCCCUUGACCGUCCUGAAGAGGGGAUUACUUCGCUCCCAUCCAUACUAGCCCAGACAGUUGGAAGAGAAAUGGAGGACGUGUAUCGAGGCAGCGACAAGGGGAUCUUGAAGGAUGUGGAGCUUCUUCGCCAGAUCACCGAUACAUCUCGUGGUGCAGUCUCGGCAUUCGUGGAGAGGACCACCAACAGCAAGGGCCAAGUGGUUGACGUAAGCAACAAGCUAUCUUCGAUCCUAGGCUUCGGGAUCAAUGAGCCAUGGAUUCAGUACCUGUCCAACACAAAGUUCUACCGUGCUGACCGGGAAAAGCUCCGCGUCCUGUUCCAGUUCUUGGGAGAUUGCUUGAAGCUCGUGGUUGCCGAUAACGAGCUCGGGAGCCUGAAACAAGCCUUGGAAGGCAAGUUUGUGGAGCCCGGGCCGGGUGGCGACCCGAUCAGGAACCCGAAAGUGCUGCCCACGGGGAAGAACAUCCACGCGCUCGACCCGCAAUCGAUCCCCACCGAAGCGGCAAUGCAGAGCGCGAAAGUCGUCGUCGAGAGGCUGAUCGAGCGGCAGAAGAUCGACAAUGGCGGGAACUAUCCAGAAACUGUUGCUCUUGUGCUGUGGGGAACAGACAACAUCAAAACAUACGGGGAAUCACUCGGUCAGGUUUUGUGGAUGAUCGGGGUCCGACCGGUUGCCGAUACAUUCGGUCGGGUCAACCGAGUCGAACCGGUCAGCCUCGAGGAGCUCGGCCGGCCGAGAAUCGACGUCGUCGUCAACUGCUCCGGCGUCUUCCGCGAUCUCUUCAUCAACCAGAUGAACCUCCUCGAUCGAGCGGUGAAAAUGGUGGCGGAGCUCGACGAACCUGUAGAAAUGAACUACGUGAGGAAGCACGCCCUCGAGCAAUCGAAAACCCUAGGGAUCGACAUCCGCGAAGCCGCGACUCGAAUAUUCUCCAACGCCUCCGGCUCGUACUCCUCCAACAUCAACCUCGCCGUCGAGAACUCGACGUGGAACGACGAGAAGCAGCUGCAGGACAUGUACCUGAGCAGAAAAUCCUUCGCGUUCGACUCCGACGCCCCCGGCGCCGGGAUGAUGGAGAAGAAGAAGGUGUUCGAGAUGGCGCUCAGCACCGCCGACGCCACUUUCCAAAACCUAGAUUCGUCGGAGAUCUCGCUCACCGACGUCAGCCACUACUUCGAUUCGGACCCGACGAAUCUGGUGCAGAGCCUGAGGAAGGACGGGAAGAAGCCGAGCGCGUACAUCGCCGACACGACGACGGCGAACGCGCAGGUGCGGACGCUGUCGGAGACGGUGAGAUUGGACGCGAGGACCAAGCUGCUGAACCCUAAGUGGUACGAAGGGAUGAUGUCGAGCGGGUACGAAGGCGUCCGUGAGAUCGAGAAGCGGCUGACGAACACCGUUGGAUGGAGUGCCACGUCAGGGCAGGUGGACAAUUGGGUUUAUGAAGAGGCUAACACUACGUUUAUUCAGGAUGAAGAGAUGAUGAACAGGUUGAUGAACAUGAACCCGAAUUCGUUCAGGAAAUUGGUGCAGACGUUCUUGGAGGCCAAUGGACGUGGGUACUGGGAAACUACUGAGGAGAAUAUUGAGAAGUUGAAGCAGCUUUACUCUGAAGUGGAAGACAAGAUCGAAGGUGUUGAUCGGUAGAGGGAAGAUCCCGAUUCGAGCUGCAGACGACGAAGAAUUGCAGCAAUGAAAGUCAUUAACUCUUUGUUGAAUCUGGUACAUUACUAUUGUGCAUUAUCCCAGAUGAGUUGAGUGUUGUGUGAUCAUGUAACUUCCCCGCCAGAACUAUUUGUAAAAUUUGUUCAUAAACAGCUCUUGCAAGAGAUUUCGCCCAGAGACAUUGUCGAUAUCUUGAGGAAGGAAUGAACUUUGAUCAGCUCUCGAUCAGUGAAUGAUUCAAACUGAAAACAAGUGUGCUGUUUUCCACUGUUUCUUCAGCUACAAGGCAAUGUCUAGAGAUGUGCAUGGAGUUCCUAACGAAGUAAAGAGAAUGGUACAUUGGGUAAAUCUACAAACUGACUGACAAGAUUACAAAAAUGGGGAAAUGGAAACUCCCUACACCCUGCUGCACCAACAUGAACACUACAAGGAGGAACCAAAAAUUGAAAGAUGAACAAAAGAAUACUCGUAUAACAGUUGCAAGAGUAAUAAUAAUACACUUCCCUUUUCUGGUGUUUUCUUCUCUUACAAAUGGUGGAGUUAAUAUGUGAGUAAUUGGAAUUUCUUCAGACUAGCUCCAUUAAAAGAGGGUCACCUUCCGCCAUUACUCUUAUGAGCUUUAUGAACUCUUGUUCGGAUGAUACGCUCCAUGGAUGUACAGCUGGUGCUUGGGCAGAGAACAACGUCGAAUUGCUGGGUGGAGGCGUUUGCUUGUAUACCAUUGUGUUCAAGAUCGGGUCGAAGUUCUGAGGCGAAUCCACUGAGAGAAAGAACAUUGGUAUGGCAACCUUGUGAUGCAUCUCCAUACCACCCACUGGACCGACAUCACGAACCAGAUAAACAAGAUCUACAAAGUCGGAGACGAACUUUUGAGGAAUGUAGAAUAUCUCGGAAUUGCAGAGCACCAGGCUAUUUUCGGUCUUCACGGCUUCUUUGUAGUUGACUUGGAGGUGAGCCGGCAUUGAAUCAACAACUUUCUUCACCACUCCAGCUUGCUUAGUCAACCAAUCUCCAUCAGGUGCCACAAUGCUCCAAGAAUCAG